UUAGGGAAGCGAAGGGGAGGGGGGGAGGAGUGUUGCUUGUGGGAGGGAGGACAAGGAGGAGGGAGUGAACUGGAGGAAGGAGAAGCUUUCUCAGUUUCUGUGAGUCCUGCUCGCUGAAGGCAACAGAAUGAGCGCAGUUGCUUUCCUCUCAGUCUGAGAGGCAACUGUCAUUUUUCUUUUUCUUUUCUUUUUUUUUUUUUUUGUUUCUUCUUCUUCCUCUUCUGUGCCUGACAUCAGCAGGAGUCAUUGAAGAUUAAAGUUUCCCUUCACCUCACCGUGCUUUUGGGACCUCUCUCACACUCCUGUGUUGUUUGUUUUUCGCGUCUGGGAAGUACCAUGCCGGUGGUUGGCGUCGCCUCCAAACUCAGGCAACCCUCGGCGGUGGGCGCCAAGCCAGUGCAUACCGCUCUCCCCAUCCCGAGUGCUGUCAGGGCGGCCGCCUCCUCGCAGGGCUACAUGGCCCGGCAGCAGGAGCUCAGGGCAGCAGGUGAGGGCGCCCCGGGGCUCUCCUGCCAGCUGUCAAUCAAAUCCGAGUACCAGCGGGAGAGGACGCCUGAAGGGAAGUCCAGAGCAGAGACGGAGGAGAGCAAGAUCUGCAAGAUUUACACAGACUGGGCCAAUCACUACCUUGCCAAAUCCGGCUGCCCGCGCCUCAUCAAGGACCUGAGCCAGGACGUCACUGAUGGAGUCCUGCUGGCACAGAUCAUCCAGAUCAUAGCCAACGAGAAGGUGGAGGAUAUCAAUGGCAGCCCCAGGAGUCAGUCGCAAAUGAUCGAGAAUGUGGACGCCUGCCUUAGCUUCCUGGACGCCAGAGGAGUGAAUGUACAAGGGCUCUCAGCAGAAGAAAUCAGGAAUGGCAACCUGAAGAGCAUCCUGGGCCUGUUCUUCAUCCUGUCCCGCUACAAGCAGCAGCAGCAGCAACAGCAGCAGUACUACCAGUCCCUGGUGGAGCUCAGCCAGCAGACCAGCAGCACCGCACCAUCCGCCAGCAGCCUCAAAACACAAGAGAUGCAGUCCAGUCUCACAGCACGAUAUGCAAGUCCUCCUGGCCACAGUGGAAUAGGGUCACCGCAGAAGAAAAACACAAGGUUACCAGGCCCCUCCAGGGUUCCUGCUGCAGGCAGCGGGGCCUCCAGGAGCCCGGGCUCCUCCAACCUCAACCGUCGCAGCCAGAGCUUCAACAGCAUCGACAAGAGCAAGCCUCUUCAGUAUGCCAGCGGCAAUGACAGAGAAUCGGUGAGGGGUAUCCCAGCACCGGGUGGGAUGAAUGGGAGUGGUAUCGGUGGGACGGUUCCCACCAGCCUCAGCGGGCAGCAGCUGGCCUCUGCCAUCCCCUCACCCACCGCCGGCAAGUCCUGGCGCAGCAAGUCCAUGAACCUUAAGCACAGUGCCACGUCGUCCAUGCUGGCGAGCCCCACACACUCGACCUCCCCCACCCACUCACCCCAGGGCUCUGAAGGCGGCUUCCCACAUGGAGGGGACGGGUCAAAAGCUGGAGCCGGUGGAGCUGGACCCCAGAGGUCCAUGCUGGAGAAGUUCCGUUUAAUUAACCCCAGAUCGGCUUCACGGGCCUCUCCAUCUAUGGCGGAGAUGGCUCUGCAGGAGGAAGAUGAUCUAUCGGAGUACGGCGAGGAUGUAUUGACCCCCACGGGGUCUGUGUGCAGCAGUGGUAGUAGCAGUGCUACAACCAAACAAAUGCCUACAAAGACCCCCGCAUCAUCCCUCACUGCAGCAAGCAAAACCUCCCCCUCCUCUUCAUUUUCUAAAUCAUCUGCCAACAGCAGCAGGUCCACCUCCGCGUCCAAAGACAAGGAGGAUAAAAGCAAGUUUGGGAAAUCUAAGGACAACUCUCCACCCAAAGAGGAGCGUGAGUCAUUCGCAGACCCCACCAAGAAGAACUCCAAAAUUGCCAGCCUCAUCCCCAAGGGAGGGAAGCCUUCGUCGGGAAAGAAAGAUGGUAGCAGCAUCCCUAAGCCGGGACUUAAAGCUCCCUCCACCGCAACAUCUAAGAGUCAGUCUCAGAGCCAAAGUCAGUCCAACUUAAACAGCAGCGGCAACAUAAGGGGCGGGGACGGGGAGAAAGCCAAGCUGACGAAAGGAGGGCAGGGUGGGAGCUUCUACAUACAGCGCUCCAUCGGGGGCCCAGAGGGGAAAAGGACCAGCAUGACCUCCUCCACCAGCACCUCCGCCCUGUCUGGGUCCAGUGGGAUGCUGGCAGGGGGAGGAGGUGGAGGCGCGCUUGGUGGUAAUGGAGUAGUUCAGCUUCCUCAGCAGCAGCAGCACAACCAUCCCAACACUGCCACUGUGGCCCCCUUCAUGUACAGGACAUUCUCAGAAAACGACUGCACCAUGGUGGCCCCAGCCGACCCCUGCCUCAGCCCCACCAAGGGAGAGCUGGUCUACAGCAAGACAGCCAAACAGUGCCUGGAGGAGAUAUCAGGAGAGGAUCCGGAGACGAGACGCAUGAGGACGGUGAAGAACAUCGCCGACCUGCGGCAGAACCUGGAAGACACCAUGUCCAGUCUGCGGGGGACACAGAUCAGCCACAGUACACUUGAAACAACCUUCGACACUACGGUAACCACUGAGGUCAAUGGGCGUGGCCUUCCAGCCCUCACCACACGCUCCUCCCCCAUGGCCUGGCGUCUGGGCCAAUCACAAACCCCACGUCUCCAGGCAGGUGACGCCCCCUCAAUGCCCAGCAGCUAUGCUGCACCCAGGGGGAGCACGACAAGCUCUGGUACCACCACCGGGCGCUACAGCGGGCACUCGGACCCCUCCAGGUUUGUGUUCAGCGCCCCCCUGAGGCGAGCCACAGCUGCAGCAGGGGCAAGGGGGGCGGAGCAUGGGGAGAAGGGAGCAGGAGGAGGAGGGCUGGAAGGAGGGAAGCAGAUGGAGGUGGCAGGGUACAUGAGUGAUGGGGACAUCCUGGGAAAGAACGGACGGAUGGAUGAGAUCACCAGCGGAUACCUUACAGACGGCGGCCUUCAUCUGUAUGCGCGGAACGCAGGGCGAGCCUCAGACGCGGCUUCUUCUCGAGAAAUCUCCCAGAGAGGGAGCAAAGAGGUGCAGGGUGACAUCGACAGUUGGGACGACAGCAGCUCGGUGAGCAGCGGCCUGAGCGACACGUUGGACAACAUCAGCACCGACGAUCUGAACACACCCGCCUACUCCGCCGUCAGCUCGUCACGCAAAAGCAAGGGAGCACAGUCACAGAGAGGCAGCAGGUCCAAGCAUGCGGGCCAGGAGGUGAGCAGCAGCUGGGCCGGAGCAGAGGACUUAAAGAAGGUGGAGGAAGAGCUGGACUCGAGCAUGGACCCAAGCAGCAGCUCCUCCCGAUGGAAGUCUACCUCAUCCUCGUCCUCCUCCUCGUCUCAAGCCCAGGGCCAGUACGAGGACGCGGGUCAGAAGGCCACCGCGCUGGCCCAGAUGUCCCAAACGGGCUCGUGGAGGAGGGGCAUGACGGCCCAGGUGGGCAUAACGCCACCCAGGACCAAGGGGGCCUCUGCUGCCCUCAAAUCACCAGGCAAAACUGAUGAUGCUAAGGCCUCAGAGAAGGGCAAGGCGCCUUCCAAGAGUUCAGCUGGCAUCCAGCGCUCCCCCUCGGACGCCGGGAAGAGCAGUGGAGACGAAGGUAAGAAGCCUCCCUCUGGAAUCGGACGCCCGCCGACCACUGGUUCUUUUGGAUACAAGAAGAUCCCGGGUACCGCUGGUACUUUAAUCACCUCCAGCGGUGCAACGCUAGCCAGCGGCUCGGCCACAUUGGGCAAGGCGCCCAAAUCCUCAGCCGGCCUCGGCAAAGGAGCAGGCAUCGGCGGCGUGCGCAAGACCAGUCUGGAUGGCUCGCAGCCCGAGGAUGACGGCAUCCUCCUGAGCUGUGGCUCCAAAGUGACCCUGCAGUACCGCUCUCUGCCCAGACCGGCUAAAUCCUCCAGCGGGGCGGUGGCCGGGCGGAGUAGCGGGCACCGCUCCAGCUCCAGCAGCGUCGACUCCAAUGUCAGUGGCAAGUCGGCGGCGACGCAAACGGGCGCCAAACGCAGGGAUGGAAAAGUGGGCUCGGACCGCUCCAGUCCUAUCACCAUCAACCAGACGGACAAAGAGAAAGUGUCGGUGUCAGACCCGGACGCAGCAGCAGCAGGACUGUCCACGUCCCCUAAGUCCAGCCCCACGUCCAGUUCGGCGGGCCAGUCGGGCCUCAGGCAGCCGGGCUCCAAGUACCCUGAUAUCGCUUCUCCUACGUUCCGCAGAUUGUUUGGUACCAAAGCCAGCAGCAAGGCCAGCUCUCCGGGCACGCCCGACUCGGGCAAGUGCCCAUCAUUACUGGGCAGCCCCCACGGCACACUGGCGAGACAGGCCAGCCUGGACUCGCCCUCCUCCGGCACGGGCAGCCUGGGCAGCGCUGGCGGCAUGAGUGGUGGCAGUAGCCCCCUUUACGGUAAAACCCCAGACCUGUGUGCCGACUCCCCAGCCUCCAGCCCGGCCUCUGGCCUCUCGCUGCCCUCCAACGCUCGGCCCUGGCCUGCCUGUAGCUCGUCAGCGGGCAGCAAGGACACACUGAGCUGCCAAAGCAUGACCAGUCUGCACACCAGCUCUGAGUCCAUUGAUCUGCCGCUGGGCCACCACGGACCCAAGGUUACGCGAACCGGCAGUGUCAAGUCCACCCUGUCAGAGGGCAUGCCUCUCGACAGAAACACGCUUCCCAAAAAGGGACUGAGGUACCCGCCCUCCUCCCGGCAGACGUCCCACGAGGAGGGGAAGGAGUGGUUAAGGUCCCAUUCUACAGGGGGGCUUCAAGACACAGGCAGCCAGUCCCCACUGUCUCCUCCUGGAGCUGCCUGCACCACCACUGGAAAAUACCACUACUCCAACCUGCUGAGCCCCACAAACAUCAGCCAGUACAACCUGCCACCGGGCAGCACCAGCAUGAGCCGCUCCAACAGCAUCCCCGCACAGGACUCCUUCGACCUGUACGGAGAGGGUCACCCGCUGGGUGGCAGCGCAACCUCCCUGGAGGACCGACCACGGGGCAUCAGCCGCUCGGGCUCCUUCAGGGACAGCACUGACGAAGUCCAUGGCUCGUCAUUGUCUCUGGUCUCCAGCACGUCCUCACUCUACUCUGCGACGGAGGAGAAAGCACACUCCGAGGGCCAAACAGUCCUAAAUUCCACGCAAAUCAGAAAGCUGCGUCGGGAGCUGGACGCGUCUCAGGAGAAGGUGGCGACCCUGACGUCUCAGCUGUCUGCCAACUCUCACCUGGUGGCCGCCUUCGAGAAGAGUCUGAGUAACAUGACCUGCCGCCUGCAGAGCCUCACCAUGACCGCCGAACAAAAGGAGUCUGAGUUGGUAGAGUUGCGGGAGACGAUAGAGACGCUGAAGACCCAGAACACAGACGCACAAACAGCCAUCCAGGUGGCGCUCAAUGGCCCGGACCACCUCCACAAAGACCUACGGAUUAGACGGCAACACUCUUCAGAAAGUAUGUCCAGUAUCAACAGCGCUGCCAGUCACUCCAGUAUGGGCAGUCUGGGAAAGGAUGCUGAAGACAAGAAGAAGAAGAAGAAGAGCUGGGUGGCUGAUUCCAUCCCCGCUCAGUUACGCAGCUCCUUCAAGCAGGCGUUCAGCAAGAAGAAAACCAAAUCCCAGUCAGCCCAUGAUGAAAUGGACGAAAUGACCGACUCGCUUCCGUCCUCUCCCAAACUGCAGCACGACAACCGGCAAGGCAGCCUGGCCACUCUGCACUCCUCACCCUCCACCACAGACAAGUGCUUUUGCGAUAACAAGUCCUCUCCCAUUUGGACGCCAAAGAAAAAGCAAAAUGGUCACGUUGUCUACAAGCACAGAUCUCGGCUUUGUGAAUGCACGGAGGCCGAGGCUGAAAUCGUCCUGCAGCUGAAGAACGAGCUGAGGGAGAAGGAGCUCAAGCUGACGGACAUCCGGCUAGAGGCGCUAAGCUCCGCCCACCACCUGGACCAGAUCCGAGAGGCCAUGAACCGCAUGCAGAAUGAGAUCGAGGCGCUGAAAGCAGAAAACGAUCGUCUUAAGUCCAGCGGGAACGCCACGCCGACGGCCACGCCUGUGAAGACGGCCCGGCCGCCCUCAGAGACCUCCAGCACGUCCUCCUCCUCCUCGCGCCAGUCCCUCGGGCUGUCGCUCAAUAACCUCAACAUCACAGACACCAUCAUGUCAGACAUUCUGCUGGACGACGGCUACGAGGGAAAUCUACGCAAGGAGGGCCGGAGUGUGCGAAUAGUGGUCGCCAUCAGCAGAGGGCCGAAGACCACCAAGGGUAAACAUAGUCAGGAGUACCUGAUUGGCUCGAUCGGUGUGAGUGGGAAAACAAAGUGGGAUGUCCUGGAUGGAGUAAUCCGACGCCUCUUCAAGGAGUAUGUGUUUCGUGUGGACCCUCUGACCAGCCUUGGCCUCAGCUCAGACAGCAUCGUCUGCUACAGGAUGGGCGAGGUGGUUCGCUCCCACACUUCUGAAGUGCCUGAGCUGCUUCCCUGCGGCUACCUGGUGGGCGACAACAAUGUCAUCAAGGUCAACCUCAAAGGUGUGAAGGAAAACAGCAUCGACAGUCUGGUGUUCGACACGUUGAUCCCCAAACCCAUAAUCCAGCGGUACCUCAACCUGUUGAUGGAGCAUCGACGAAUCAUCCUCUCAGGACCCAGCGGCACGGGCAAAUCCUUCCUCGCUGCCAAGCUGGCCGAGUACAUCAUCUCUCAGGUGGGGCAGGAGGUGACGGAGCACAACGUGGCCAGCUUCAACGUGGACCAGAACUCCAGCAAGGACCUGCGUCAGUACCUGUCCACACUGGCAGAACAGUGUAACUCUGAGGAGACGGACACAGAGCUCCCCACUGUGGUCAUCCUGGACAACCUGCACCACAUCGGUUCUCUCAGUGACAUAUUCAACGGCUUCUUGAACUGCAAAUACCACAAAUGCCCUUAUGUUAUUGGGACCAUGAACCAGGGAGUGUCUUCCUCUCCCAACCUCGAGCUCCACCACAACUUCAGGUGGGUUCUGUGCACCAACCACACCGAGCCGGUCAAAGGCUUUCUGGGCCGUUUCCUGCGGCGGAAGCUGAUAGAGACGGAGAUCAAUAAGAACAUGCGCAGCAAUGACCUGAUUAAGAUCAUCGACUGGAUCCCCAAGACCUGGCAGCACCUCAACGGCUUCCUGGAGGCUCACAGCUCCUCUGAUGUCACAAUAGGCCCCCGUCUCUUCCUGUCGUGUCCCAUGGAUGUCGAAGGCUCUCGGGUUUGGUUCACUGACCUCUGGAACUAUUCGCUGGUGCCCUACCUGCUGGAGGCGGUCAGGGAGGGGCUUCAGCUGUACGGCAAAAGAGCAGCAUGGGAGGAUCCAUCCAAGUGGGUGAACGACACGUAUCCGUGGAACGCCGCAGCUCGCCAGCAAGAAGGCCAGUCGCUGCUCCAGCUCAGGCCGGAGGACGUCGGAUACGAAGGCUACAGCUCAUCCAAGGAGGGAGCCUCGUCCAAGCAGGUGUCUCAGAGUGACACGGAGGGAGACCCACUGAUGAACAUGCUGCUACGGCUGCAGGAGGCAGCUAACUACUCGAGCACGCAGAGCUGCGACAGCGACAGCACCAGUCACCAUGACGACCAGCUGGACUCCUCGCUUGAGUCGGCUCUAUGAGACACCCGGGACGCUUUGAACCUCCCAACGCUACCAGACAUCCCUUAAGUGCACGGAUGCAUCGUAUAUGAAAAGUUUUAUUAUCCAGAAUGGUAUACCCGGCGUUUCACAGAAAACACUUUUCUUUUUUUUUAACCUGACAAAGGUGAAAUAUUUGAUCAGAUUAUCAUAUUUAAAGAGGAGGAUCAUAUUUAGUCCUAAGGGAUCAAAAUGCGAAACUAUUGCGAAAUCGGCUCCAUUUUAUUUUCAAUACAUUUCAUUUGGACUUGUCAUUUUACAAUGGAUGUAUAACAUUUUAGAGUACGACUUUUCAAAUAUGUGUGUAAAUGGGACGUGUCUGACGAGGGACAGAGGCCUCUGAAGUCGACCUCUGAGGAGUAAAUCACGUCACUCGUUUUAAGUUGAACUUUGGGUCUCCAAAGUGUCGAGAAAAAAAGAGAAAGCCAAGAGUUUGUCUUAACAAAACUGGACUUUUCUUUUCUUUUCUUUUUAUCCCAGAUAUAUCUUCAGAUGUUUACAAUGGGGGGGGGUUAGGGUUCUGUUGUUUAUGUCUCCUUGUUUACAGAGGUGCUUCUCACACAGACACAUACAUUCAUACACAUGCACUUAAACACAGGCAGCAGGAGGACGCCGGCCUUUAAUCAGGGGCUUCAAUUGGUCUAAGCCCCCCCAUGUGACCAACAAUCCAGCCUGCUGAAAUGUCAUUGAGCAUGGCACCUUUUUUAUACCACUGUAGGACCCCCACGUCUAACUCGCCUGUCUAACUAAGAGGAGGAUUUUUGGGGCGUUUUAGGUGAUUUAACUCCCUCUAGUGGUCAAAGUGGAGGCUCUCAACUGUUGAAUUUCUUCAAUCACAUAUCAGUUUAAAUGUAAUUGCUUGUGCUUUAAGUAAUGGAAAAGCCAACAAUCUGUUGUUUAACUAAACUGGCUUCUUAAAAGUCACCACUUUAGAUACGUCUCUCCUUGUUUACCACUAUAUCAUCUUAUUUGGGUGGUCUUUGCCUUUCCUGCGCAUUGAGACAAUUCUGCAACUCCGUGAUGGCAACGCUAAAUCAGCCUCUAUAGUCA